AUGAAUGCUGACGCGCUGAAGCUGUUUGCAUUAUCGGAUAUCAUCAACGGUCUUCGAACGCAAAUGAGUCCACUCGAACCAUGGAGCCCUCAGGCUGAGGGACUGGCAACACGAUUGAUGACUACCCGUUUGGAUGAUGUGUGGCGGGAAGAUCUCUUUGCCCAAAUGAAAGGUGGGGAGCUGAAGAUUCUGGUCAACGUUGUUAGUAAAAUUAGCCACUACGAUGUCAAAUUUCCCUAG